AUGGCUUUUAGUGCCGUGCACAAAUUCCGCCCCGUUGUGGUCUCAGGACCGUCAGGAACCGGGAAGUCGACUCUCCUGAAGAGGCUCUUUGCCGACUAUCCGAACAUUUUCGGCUUCUCUAUCUCGCAUACCACGCGGAGCCCUCGUGCGGGUGAGCAAGACGGCCGCGAAUACUAUUUCACGACAAAGGAAGACUUUCUCGACUUGGUCAGCAAGAACGGCUUCAUUGAACAUGCGCAAUUUGGAGGCAAUUACUAUGGUACUAGUGUCCAAGCUGUGAAGAACAUCGCCGAGCAAGGUAGAAUUUGCAUUCUUGAUAUCGAGAUGGAAGGUGUGAAGCAGGUAAAGCGCACGGAUCUCAAUGCGCGCUUUUUGUUCCUGGCCCCUCCCUCGGUGGAGGAGUUGGAGAGGAGACUGCGUGGACGAAACACUGAGACAGAAGAAAGCCUGAAGAAACGUCUUGCGCAGGCUAGAAAUGAGCUCGAAUACGCCAAGGAGCCGGGUGCUCAUGAUAAAGUCGUCGUCAACGAUGAUCUUGAGAAAGCUUAUGCUGAGUUGAGGGACUUCAUUGUCGACGGCGAUAAAUUCGGCGCCCAGCAAUAA